CCGACCGGAAGGGGCGGGGCCGGGUACGCCGCUCGGAAGGCCAGGGCGGGCGAGACCCCGAGGCCACAGGGAAAGGGAAGAGCGCCGGGCCCGGGUCGCGGAGGCGGGCGCCGCCGGAACGCGAGGCGCGGGGCUGCUGGGGGCGGGCGCGAGUUCGCGCGGCACCGCCCUCGGCGUGACCUGCUGGCCGCUUCCGGCGCGGGAGGAGAAUGUGGUCGCAGUGCGGGGCGCUCCGGAGCCUGGCCUUGGCGCGGUCGCGGGGAGCCCGGCCCUGCAGCGGGGAUGGGGGCGUUUCCUACACGCAGGGACAGAGGCCCGAACCCCAGACCCGCGAGUAUUUCUACUACGUGGACCACCAGGGCCAGCUUUUCCUGGAUGAUUCCAAAAUGAAGAAUUUCAUCACCUGCUUCAAAGGUAAUGUUGUGCCUUCCUCCCCAGCCCUUUCUUUCUCCCUUCGGGCAGCCCCGGAUGGGCUCCCCGACUCUGCCAAUGGGCCCAGCGCACCAAGGAGUGGGCGUCCUGCGCUCAGGAGCCCCGCUGAGUGAGGCCAGGCGAACCUCUUGCCGCCGGCGCCUGCCUUCGGUGUGGUCCUGGGCCCGGCAGCCUUGGGAGCCCAGCGCGCUGAGCAUCUGUGCCCUUCAUCCCCCAGACCCGCAGUUCCUGGUCACCUUCUUCUCCCGCCUGAGACCCAACCGCAGCGGGCGCUACGAGGCCGCCUUCCCCUUCCUCUCGCCCUGCGGCAGAGAGCGCAACUUCCUGCGCUGCGAGGAUCGGCCGGUGGUCUUCACGCACCUGCUGACCGCGGACCACAGGCCUCCGCGCCUUUCCUACUGCGGCGGUGGUGAGGCCCUGGCCGUGCCCUUCGAGCCGGCGCGCCUGCUGCCCCUGGCCGCCAACGGGCGCCUGUACCACCCGGCGCCGGAGCGUGCGGGCGGCGUGGGCCUGGUGCGCUCAGCCCUGGCCUUCGAGCUCAGCACCUGCUUCGAGUACGGGCCCGGCGCGCCCGCGCUGCCCUCGCACGUGCGCUGGCAGGGCCGCCGCCUCGCCCUCACCAUGGACCUGGCCCCGCUGCUGCUCGCGGCUCGGCCGCCCUGAGCGGGGCCACGGGACAGGCGGGAGGCCGCGGGCGCCCCUCACCCCGCUCCCGCGGGACCCCACGCCCCGGAAAGCCCGCGCCACCCGUAUUCGCGACAGCCUAGUGCGCCUGCGCGCCCCGCCCCCCCAUCCGGCGCUGUCCUUGGUGCUGCCGCGGCCCGGCCUUCCCGGACCCUCCGCUCCCCACGGCGCGCGCCCCCCGCGCACCCGACUCCGGCGCCCUCCGGAUUGGCCCGCGCUGGAGACGUCAGGCCCAGGCGGCGGGCGCGGGACUCUGGUGCGCGUGCGCGAGCGUCCCCCGCCCCCUCCCAGCCCGGCCGCUGCUCAGACCGGGGCCGCCACCUGCACGGCGGGGGAGCCGCUCGCCGCGGGAGCGUCAGGUGAGGGGACGCCCGGCCCAAGAUCACCAGGCGUGGGGAGACUGGGGGGUCGGGGACCACCCUGGCUCUGACCCUGGUGCGCUUCGAGAAGGGCGUGGGUCUUGGAGGGGGAUGGGGAACGCGGAGGCCACGCCCUCCCUGAGCCCGGCCGAAAACCGACCGGCGCUCGUGGGUAGCAGAGGAGACCGUGGGGGAUACAGGCACCGGGUCGCAGUGCUGCAGAGGUGCGCAAGGGCCGCCCAGAGACCAACUUGGGCCUCGCACUGUGCCCUAGGCCACACAGGGCGUUCCAUCCUCUUCCCUCCCCGCCUCCCACACAGAGGGGCGCCCAGGAGGCAGUUACAGUCGUCGCGGAAUCCUGCGUGUGACACCCCGCCCCUGCCCAGCGGAUUAGGGGGUGUCCUCUGGUAAAAGGAUUUCUGGGCUUCUUCCAGCCUGGGGCCCUCAUCCCUGCUCUGGCAGGCCUUUCUACACCAAUCUGCAUCUAGGGGGGGUCAGCGUGAGCAGCAGAGCCCUGAGAUCUGAGGCCAAGAACCUUUUCCACUUGAGAAGCCUUCCUGCUGGAGGCUGACUGGGCCAGGCCUGGAGCCACGUACCAACCCUUUUUACCCAGGGAAUGGAUCCCAGGGGCCCAGAAAACGCCCCCAACUUCUUGGGGUUCACACGCAUCUUGAGACAUCUGGGAACUGCCUCCGCCUGGGCCAGAGCUAUUCCAUUAAAACUAUUGCUGUGCUUA